AUAUUUUCAUAUAAUAAUAAUAAUAAUAGCAAUAAUUUAAAGGUCCAAAGCUUAAUUUGCUUACAGCUGGCCAAUAGCUUUCUGCUCUCUGCCCAACACGUCGCUAAUGGCAAAUUUCUGUUUCGCUCCUCCUCCUUCUCCUGUUCCUUCUUCUGCUCUGCACUUUCAGCGACGAAUUUUUGGUUUUCCGUCUUUUCUAAUUCGAGCUGCUUCUUCUUCUUCUUCUACUUCUAUUUCCACUUCGCAGCCGAAAGUUGUGGUCACGAGAGAAAGCGGCAAAAACGGCAAGCUCAUUAAAGCUCUGGCCAAACAUGGGAUCAAUUGCUUGGAGCUUCCUCUAAUUCAGCAUACUCAGGGACCUGAUUUUGAUAGACUCCCAUCUGUACUAAGUACAGAUACUUCCUUUGACUGGAUUGUCAUAACCUCCCCUGAAGCGGGUUCGGUCUUUCUGGAGGCAUGGAAGGCCGCUGGAACCCCGAAUAUUAAGGUAGGGGUUGUUGGAGCUGGUACAGCAAGCAUUUUUAAUGAAGUAAAGCAAACAUCUGGACAAUCUCUUGAUAUUGCCUUUGUGCCAUCUAAAGCUACAGGUAAGGUUUUGGCAUCAGAGCUUCCAAAGAGUGAGAGCAAAAGAUGCACCGUGUUGUAUCCAGCUUCUGCUAAAGCAAGUAAUGAAAUUGAGGAAGGUCUCUCUAAUCGCGGAUUUGAGGUUGUGAGGCUAAAUACAUAUACAACAGUUCCUGUUGAUCAUGUUGACCAAAUGGUUCUGAAGGAGGCCCUUAUUUGCCCUGUGGUUGCGGUUGCUUCUCCUUCUGCAGUUCGUGCCUGGGUCAAUUUUAUUUCAGAAUCCGAGCAAUGGAACAAUUCAAUCGCCUGUAUUGGUGAGACAACUGCUUCAGCAGCAAAACUUCUGGGCUUGAAAAACAUUUACUUUCCAACACAUCCUGGUCUUGAAGGGUGGGUAGGUAGCAUAAUUGAAGCCUUGAAGGCACAUGUCGCCUCCUAGAAGUUCAAAUUUUUCAGUUUCUAGCAAAUCCUUGGCAGGUUGACAAGAAACUAUAAGGCACAAGCUUAUUUCCCCUCCUGAAAUGUCACGGGCACUGCAAAACUGGCUUCAGGGCAAGGAUGAUAAUAUGGCAAGCAGCAAAUAGUAAGGUGGCAAAAUGCUUUGAUAUUUGGAGAGAUCAUGUCUGGUCAUCACAGCUCUCAUUUGAGGUCAGCCUAAAGAUUAUUGAGGUUGUUGGUGGGAAGAAAGCUAGCUGGAGGAAGCCUCUCUACUCUUACAUACAGUUUCUAAUAUUUUGCUAGAAUCGAUUUCAUGCCACGUGGAAAUGCAGCAUCUCCAAUUCUUCACCUGCUAACUAUAAGCAGAGAACUCUAUUAGAGUGGAGGUUAAGAUCAUUGUUCACUGUAUCUAUAAGCGUUGUUCACUCUGUUUUAUUUGAUCAUUUCAUUUUUAUCUACUUACCAAUUAUUUAAUUUCUAUGGAUGUGUAGCAACAUCUUAGUUAGGUAAGGGUGCAUGUUGUAACGAAUUGCUGAAGCAAGUUGGGGGUGCAUAAUUUGUUUCCAGUUGUAAGGAGUUCCCUGAUCUUGUACUCGGAGAUCUUUCUAACCAGUUAACCAUAGAAAGCACAUGAAUCUUUGACAGUUGAA